CAUUAUAAGAAGGCAUCUCAAAUCAUUCAAGCAUACCAACCAAACCAACACCCUCUAAGGCUAAAGUUAGGUGUUUUUUUUCUUCCUUCAUCACUAAGAAAGAUGGGAGAAGGUAUUUUCUUGGAUACCAUAUUAGUCCCUUUGAGCUUUCUCAUUACAAUAAUUUACCAUGCCUUUCUUUGUUACAAAAUCAAGAACAAACCUUCACACACAACUUUUGGAAUUGAUAAGUUAAGGAGGACUGCUUGGGGUCUUAACUUAAAUCAGGGUGAUGAUAAAAAAGCUAUGCUAUGUGUACAAAGUUUAAGGAACACUCUUAUGGCCACAAUACUCACAGCUACAAUAACAAUUCUUGUAAACUUGGCUUUAGCAGCUCUAAACAACAAUGCAUUCAAUGCAAGCCAUCUCUUUACUAGUGAAUUUUUCGGUUCAAAAUCGGAUAAAAUCUUCGUUUUGAAGUAUGGUUCAGCAUCAAUAUGUUUGUUGAUUAGUUUCUUAUGCAGCUCAAUGGCCAUAGGAUUUCUAAUUGAUGCAAAUUUUUUGAUGAAUGCUUAUGGAGAUUUUUUGUCUGGUGGUUACACACAAAGUGUAAUAGAAAAAGGGUUUACCUUAGCUUUUGUUGGGAAUAGGGUGUUUUGUGUUGCUAUUCCUUUGAUGCUUUGGAUGUUGGGUCCUGUGCUUGUAUUUUUAGCUUCCAUAGCUUUGGUUUGUUUGUUGCAUGAGUUUGAUUAUGUGCCCAAAUUACCACAAAGUCACAAAAGAUGUACCAAUGUAAAGUAAUCUAGCUAGCUAGCAAAUUAAUAUAAAUCCAAUUUGUAUCCUAUAAA